AAACAUACGUGCGGCAUAUUUUAGGUAGACCUGUUAUAUGAGCCCAUUUCCUUAAUAAGUUAAAUGUUAACUUAGGUAUUCCUAACUGACGGAUAUUGGAAAUACGGAAUGUUGACUGAUCUUCUGAAUAACUUAUCGACGAAUCCUUAUUUUGGCGCCGGCUUUGGCCUUUUUGGAGUCGGAGCAGGUGCGGCGAUUCUUCGCAAAGGCCUACAAGGGAGUAUUGUAUUAUUCAGACGACAUCUUAUGAUUACAUUGGAAGUACCGUGCCGUGAUAAAUCGUAUCAAUGGUUGUUGCAAUGGAUAACAGCUCACGCUGCUCGUGACACGCAACACCUAAGUGUUGAGACUUCAUUUGUGCAAAAAGAAACUGGAAAAAUUAAAACCAAGUACGAUUUCAUUCCCAGCAUUGGAAAACAUUUGAUGCGUUAUAAAGGAGUGUGGAUGCAGGUUGAAAGGUCGAGAGAACAACAGACUUUAGAUCUGCACAUGGGCGUUCCUUGGGAGUCGGUAACGAUAACUGCGUUUGGAAGAAACAAACAGCUUUAUUUUGAAAUGUUAGAGGAGGCUCGACAAUAUGCACUUCAAGCAACAGAAGGAAAAACCAUUAUGUAUACGGCUAUGGGCUCUGAAUGGAGGCCAUUCGGACAUCCGCGAAGGCGCCGCCCAUUGUCUUCGGUUGUAUUAGAUAAACAAAUAUCAAUGCGAAUUAUCAGUGACUGCAAGGAAUUUAUUAACAACCCCCAAUGGUAUGCAGACAGAGGAAUACCAUAUAGAAGAGGAUAUUUAUUAUAUGGUCCCCCUGGUUGUGGGAAGUCAAGCUUCAUUACUGCUUUGGCAGGAGAACUAGAAUAUGGCAUAUGUUUACUUAACUUGUCAGAGAGAGGAUUAACUGACGAUAGAUUGAACCAUUUAUUAAAUGUUGCUCCGGAACAGUCUAUAAUAUUACUUGAGGACAUUGAUGCAGCCUUCGCGUCCCGUGAAGAUGUGCAGCACCAAAAAGCGGCUUACGAGGGUUUAAACAGAGUAACAUUUAGUGGCUUGCUUAACUGUUUGGACGGCGUGGCUUCGACAGAAGCUCGGAUUGUCUUUAUGACAACAAACUAUAUUGAUAGGUUAGACCCAGCAUUAAUUAGGCCAGGUCGCGUGGAUGUACAAGAAUACAUAGGAUAUUGUUCCAAAUAUCAGUUAAUAGAAAUGUUCAAAAGAUUUUAUCAAGACAACAAGGGAGCCAUGAACUUUGCAGACUCAGUAAUCAGCACUGGCAAGCAUGUCAGCCCUGCUCAAAUUCAAGGAUAUUUCAUGAGGUAUAAAACUUCACCUGAAACUGAAGUAAUUAGCAAAGUUAGUGAAAUAUGGAGUAGUGACGUUGCACGAUAGAGUACCAUGGAUAUACAAUUGAUCCGUUCCGUUUUUAAGCGGAUUAGAUUAUAUGUGUUUUAGUUUAGUUUUAAGUAAAGUUAUACAAAGGGCCUGAAAAUGAAUGAAAAAAAGCGAUUAUGUGCGUCUUUCAAUAAUUAAAAAUAAAAUACCUCAUCCGACGUUUUUCA